UGUCCUCGAUGAUCAUUAUGCUCAACUCGUGCUGUGCUUUUUUCUACCGUGCUUGUACGCAUGCUGCGAGUGUUUUUUCAGUGCUGUAGUAUUACACGUUAAUUAUUAAAGCAGGCUUAACGAGCCUUCGAUCGAACGCCAAACGUAUCGUCGGCCCAGGUACCUGGGAAUAUUCCUACGAUGCCUGUUAGACGAGGUCACGUGGCGCCCAGGACAACGAUCAUCGAAACCAUCAUCAGGAAGUUCGAUACUCACGAUCGAAGUUUUUUAGUGGCCAACGCUCAACAGGGACUAUGUCACAUAAUAUACUGCUCGGACGGUUUCUGCCGGCUGACGGGCUUCUCGAGGGCGGAAGUGAUGCAGAGACCGGCGAUCUGCGAGUUCCUUCAUGGGCCAAUGACGUCGUCCCAUGCGGUCGCGGCCGUCCGCGACGCCCUCGCCGCCGGCGUCGAAAAGCAUUUCGAGAUCCUUUACUACAGGAAAGACGGCACCAAAUUUCUGUGCAGCGUGGUGAUAGCGUUAAUAAGGAGCGAGGUGGACGACAUCUGCUUGCAAAUCAUAAACUUCGAGGACCUGAGCUCGCAGCCACCUCCGCAGUCUACAAUUCCGCCCGCAAGCCAGACCAACAACAGGCUCGUCACACGCUUCGACAGGGCAAGGGCGUCCUUCCGUGCUGGCCUCUCCAGGACCGGUGUCGUUGGUCCGCCAAGGGUCAGGAAUCGACCGAGAGCCACGACCAACUUACCUCAUCGACUUGCUGACGGGACCAUCCUCGACGAGGACGCCUCUGAGAACUGCCCACUAACAUGUGGUUCACCUACAAUGAUGGAAUCUUGGGGUCCUGGGAGGACUGGUACACCCCCGCCCGCUCUUCCACCCCCUCCAGCUGGGAGCAACAAUGGUGGUGCAACGUCUGCAGCAACCGCAAACGUUGCACAGCCCAGCACCACCGCGCCGAUUGCCAGUCCGGAAGGGGUGAGCGACGUGUCCCAAAAGUCCGGGAUCUGGGAGGGUGCGAACUUCUCGUCGGCAGGAGGCGCGGAGGGACCAUCUCGGAGCGUGUCGCAUGCUGCGAGCUUGGACGCGAUCUCGAGGCGGGCUGUGAAACCGGAAACGGCGAGGGCGCCAUGUCGCAGCCUCACCUGCAGCGUCUUAGCGGGCCGAGGGAGCGAACACGUCACCCUCGAGCGACGGCCAGCGACAGUCGAUAAUCUCACGGAAGCAACUAAACAUUCGAAAAUCUUUCCUGGCGUUGCGUCCGAAAGUGACUUGCAAAAAUGGCGGACGUCCAAAGACCGGAAGUCGCCAUCCCUCAGCCAGAUGGGGCCGGAUUCCAACAAACACAAAUUUUCCUUGCAGGACAACGGGUCCGCGAAAUACUUCCAGGGAGCCAUGCACACGUCGAACAUGGGAGAGAAGGUAGCCCAGGUGCUGUCCCUUGGAAAUGAUAUCCUCCCAGAGUACAAAUUACAGUCACCUAAAAUCGGCAAGUGGACCAUAGUGCACUAUGCACCCUUCAAGUCGUCCUGGGACUGGGUGAUACUUGCGCUCGUAUUGUAUACCGCCAUAUCCAUCCCGUAUGUCGCCGCCUUCCUCCUGUCGGAUCCGGAGUACAACAGCAGGAAGAACAAAAAGUACAGUGAAGAUCCCAUUGCCAUCAUAGACUCCAUAGUCGACGUCACUUUCGUAGUGGACAUCAUCAUAAAUUUUCGCACGACUUUCGUGAACAGCGACGAUGAAGUGGUGUCCCAUCCUGGAAAGAUAGCCGUCCAUUACCUGAAGGGUUGGUUCAUCAUCGACCUGCUGGCCGCCAUACCCUACGACCUUCUUUUCGUUGGCUCUCAAACCGAGGAGCUCGACUUGGACAAGAACGAGACGACCACCUUGAUAGGACUAUUGAAGGCGGCUCGUCUCCUACGGCUUGUCAGAGUAGCCAGGAAGAUCGACAUGUACAGCGAGUAUGGCGCCGCGGCUUUACUCCUUUUGAUGUUCAGCUUCAGUCUUUUCGCUCACUGGAUGGCGUGCAUAUGGUACGCCAUUGGGAACGCGGAGAGACCGACGCUGAAGAGCAAAAUUGGCUGGCUCGAUAUCCUGGCCAAUGACACGCAUCAGUUUUACCUUCCCAACAACACCGGGGGGCCGAGUAUGAAGAGCCGCUAUAUCACGUCACUGUAUUUCACCUUUAGCAGUUUAACAUCGGUGGGCUUUGGGAACGUGGCUCCAAAUACGGACGCCGAGAAGAUAUUUACUAUACUCGUUAUGCUAAUCGGAUCUUUGAUGUAUGCCACUAUCUUCGGUAAUGUCUCGGCGAUCAUUCAGCGACUUUACAGCGCUACGGCAAGAUAUCACAUGCAGAUGCGUCGAGUUCGAGAGUUCAUCAGGUUCCAUCAGAUACCUAAUCCGCUUCGUCAACGGUUGGAAGAGUACCUUCAACAUGCUUGGACGUACACGAAUGGAAUCGACAUGAACAGCGUUCUAAAAGGAUUCCCCGAGUGCCUUCAAGCGGACAUUUGUCUUCAUCUGAACAGAAAUCUUUUAAACAACUGUAGAGCCUUCGAGGGUGCCAGUCCCGGUUGUUUAAGGGCGUUAUCGUUAAAGUUUAAAACCACACACGCACCGCCCGGUGAUACGUUAGUUCAUCGAGGAGACGUGUUAACGUCCGUUUACUUCAUAUCGCGUGGAAGCAUAGAGAUACUGAAAGGCGACGUCGUGAUGGCCAUCCUGGCCAAGGACGACAUAUUCGGGGAGAAUCCUUGCAUAUAUCCGACCGUCGGCAAAGCGUCUAGCAACGUGCGUGUGUUGACGUAUUGCGAUCUGCACAAGAUACACAGGAACGAUUUACUCGACGUUCUGGCUCUUUAUCCAGAGUUCGCGAAUCACUUUAGCCAGAAUCUCGAGAUCACCUUUAAUUUGAGAGACGAGGAACAGGCUGGUGUCGAUCCAAUAUCAGCAAGGUAUCCUGUUAGUACUCCAACGGACGUCGAUGUCGACGCUAGGAGAUUCGCUUUCCGUCCACCAAGAUACCGUCGAGGACCCGGAGGUCCUGGCACCAAUCUUAUCCCCACUUGUCGACAAGACUCCUUACAGGGUGAUCAGGAAGAAUACGACAAAGGAAGUGGUCAUGGAAUUCUGGAGUUCAGCACCGACAAGGCCGGCCAGGACGUGACACCAUUGAACCUAGAGUUCGACGAGCCGAAGCAGCGAAGCUCCACUCUGAACUCCAUAACCGGCAUGCUAACCCAUCUCAAGCGCAGCAUACCGGACCUACGUCAGCACAAGAUCCAUCUUCAACCACUGACGAGUCACGAUUACCUUGCCAAGCAGAUGAUCACACCGUUGACGAAACCAGCACGGAGAAGCUCAGCUGCCGGUGAAAGCUGCCUCAGCCAGAAUGUCGUGCAUCCCACGUCGACGACAUCCAGUCACUACACCACACCGUCUCCACCGCAGCAUCCGCAGUCUCACGGUGACUUUCAAAGCGGACCAGGCCGAUCAGUAGAAGAGAUAAACGCGAGAAUAGACCAGCUAUCGCGGCAAAUGGCCUCUUUGGAACACUCCAUGGGGGAGAAUUUUAGGUUGAUCCUGACUCUGCUGCAACAGACGCUCAAUUCGUCGAGGGAGAGCUCCAGCAUCGAGAUGAUGCCCGGCACAACCUCGGCCGGACUGUCCAAACAAAGUAGUAGAGCUCCGGCAUUGGUGCAACGGUCGGCCAGUGAACCACAACCACCGACGGGUCCGCCAUCCAGCAACGGGAAUGGAAAGAUACAGCCUAGCACGUCUCACGGUUUGUUCAGCUUUCUUUCGAAAUCCCUGGAUCAGUUGCAUUUGAUUUCGGCGUCUUUUAUUUUGGAAAGGUUGGACAAGUUCCGAAGCAGACCUCCGACGAAGGAGCCAACGUCAACGUCCUCGGGAACGUCGCGAUUGACCGUCACGUCGGACACGUCCGCCCUGGCCACGGCCUUGCAGACAGCGUUGAACGGCAGAACCGCACCCACCAGGUCACAAAGUCAGCCGGUCGACCUGGCCGUGCCACCCGCCACACAACAGGCACACCCGCCACACGCGUGGCACAGUCAACCUGCUGCAUUCAGAAGAGGAGAGUUCAGGAGUGGGUACAGUUCGUUCAACAAACGUUCAGAACCGGACGGGGAUGAUCCCUGGAGCUGCGUGGUGUCCGUGUCGGAUCGAGGAGGCACCCAGCGUCCACGAAGCAGCGAAUCCAGGAAGGAACCAACGAAUCACCGGGGUUCCAGCGAUCUGGCAGCCAGCCAACGUUCAGAGAGCAGGCAACAGAGGGACGAAGGCGCGGGCCAAGGGACGGGACAGCGACAAGAGUCCUCGAGGCAAACCAGCGAAGACAUUUCCUGGGAAUUUACGAUAAACGAGGCGCCGAUCGCGAGACUGGAGUCGUUGGACGAGCUCGAUCAGGACCAUGGGAAUUAAGACCAAGGCUCCCCUUCCUUUUGAAGCAACUGCAGCUCGCUUGCGACUGAAACGCGACGCGUCGUCGGGGAAUCGAUGACGCGAUUCUAAUGAUCAUUCGGAUGGCUGUGGACUCCUUCCGUUCCCUUUUGGAGGAUCUAGCGAGUGUGGCGCCAGGAUAGAAUAAGCGUCAGCUGAUCGAUUUUCUGAUCGAGUUAGAGAUCACUCUUGCUACCGAUUCGUUCGCGGGGGUUGCUUUUCGUUCCGUGGGGUGUUCUUCGAAUUUGAACACGUAUCUAGGGCUCGGAAUAAUACCAUCGGUUUGCGAGUAAAAUUAAGCCUUGGUUCUUCGAUCACGUAUUUUUCUACUUGUAUUAAAUCCGAGCGUUUAAUAUUUUAAGUAGAACCUUGGUCGAUUUGAAGGAUUUUGGUUCUAUUCCCGCUUUUUGUUAUACACUGCGUUACUAAUCGUGGGCUAUCGUUACGGAGGAUUAGUAGCUUCAGUACUUUAAUGAAAGCACUCUCUGUUUGUUAUUCCUGUGUUUAUUUAUAUUCGAUCGUUUAACCGUUGAAAAGCAGUCUGCAUAUUUUUGCUCGAGUUGCUCGGCCGACUGGUACGAGUUCGUUUGCUAAACUCGCGCGUAGAAUCGCUAAGAGGAAAUCGAUCGGCAGGCGUGUGCAGCAAUACCGAUGUAAGGGGUUUAAAUUGAAAGAGCGAAAGGACGAGAGAGAAGAGUGAGAACAGGAAGCACGAGCGGCGUUUCAGAAAGUUUAUACACACACAGGCAUACACAGACACACGAGACACGACAUGUUACAUGGACACAUUAUUCCGUGGCAUCGACACAAUUAAUCCGACCGCAGGAACGUGAACUUGCCUUCGAGGUUUCUAACCGUAUUGACGCUAUUUCCUUCGAGCAAUUUUUUAGUCGAAUUACCGAUAUACACAUGCGCAUAUACAUACACACACGGAUAUACACGUAUCUGUAUAUUCCCCUCCGGAGGCGAUGCUUUUUCUUUUGCACGUGGAGAAGCUUUCUUUCGUUACUCGAUAUCGUGGAAGAAGGAGAAGGAGGGAUAAUUACGCGGCGAAUAGCGGGACGAGGGGAAUUAUCGAUAAAAAUAAAAUGAAAGUACAAGAUAACGGCAGAAGAUCGAUGUUCAUAGAGUUAAAGGGUUGAAAUGGAGAGGGGGGGAAAGAAGAAUAAUAAGAGAAAUUAUAUAGGCGGAGGUUAAAGAGUUAAAUAUAUUACGAUGCAGCUCGUGGAGUGUUUCACGAAUUUCGGAGUCCUUCGCGUCACGGUAAACACGUAGCUAAGUUUGAAAUUUAAGGUAAUAUCGACUGAGAGCACCUUCUUUUUUUAUUGCUUAUAAGCGACGUUUAAAAAAUAAGAUACAAAAAGAGAGAGGAGGAAAUUAGGUAAAGGAAGCAAGGAGAUCGGUGGUUCAUCGGAACGUACGAUAACAAUUGCAUUAAACGGGAGAACAAAAACGUUUGCGAUCUUCGGGAGAUAUCAUACGUGUUAAGUUAAAUAAAGCAAGGGCAUUGUCGGGAGCGAAUUAAAAAAGGAGAAAACAAAAAAAAGAAUAAAGAAAAUAAUAGGUCGACGGACCCAAGACGAACAAUUAGAUAUGCGAGAAUAAUAAAAAAAAAAACAAAAAAUGCAAUUCUGAGUGCCACCUACGAGUAAAACUGCAAUGUCCUUUAUACAGACAACCAAAAAAAAAAAAAAAAACAAAAAAAAGGAAAA